GCUGAAACAAACAUUAGCAGCGAGAGCGCUAGCGGCAGGCGGAAGUGAUCGCUCCAAACAAAACGAUGUGCUUCCGGUGUGACGAAUCAGCGCGGUGAAUUCAACCCACCGUCGUCGGUUCUCUCUGACAGCGUCUUUUUGCAGGAAUGGAGGGUGAGAGGAUGGAGGUGGAGAACCAGAAACAAAACAUCAACGUGGAGGUGCAUGUUAAAUCUCACAGCACAGCUAAACUGUCUGAGGUGAGGACGCAUGUUCUGGCUCUGCUGAAUCGCCACAGCAUGAUUUAUGGAAACUACAGAUGGACGGAGUUUGACGAAGACUUUCUCAGGAAACAUGUGGAGUCUGUGUCUAUAAGUGAUUUAGAGGACAUGGUAACACAGCCCCUUGAUUUGAAAAGCUGCUCUGUCUCUGUUCACAUCUUCACUUUGAAUGAGGAUGGACCCAGCACGCUCAGUCUAGAAGAGGACGAGGAGCUUUCAGCAGCAAAUCACUGGCUCCUGCCAGCAGCUGAAUUCCAUGGGAUUUGGGAGAGCUUGGUAUAUGAAAGUGGAGUCAAAACCCAGCUCCUGGAUUAUGUCACAACAACAAUUUACUUCUCGGACAAAAAUGUUGAUAGCACCCUGAUUUCAUGGAACCGCGUUGUGCUGCUUCAUGGACCCCCGGGCACAGGGAAAACAUCACUGUGCAAAGCUCUUGCCCAGAAGCUGUCAAUCAGACUGUCAAGUCGGUAUUCUUAUGGCCAAUUUGUUGAGAUCAACAGUCACAGCUUGUUCUCAAAGUGGUUCUCAGAGAGUGGCAAGCUGGUCACCAAGAUGUUUCAAAAGAUCCAGCAACUAAUUGAUGACAAAGAUGCUCUUGUGUUUGUUCUGAUUGAUGAGGUGGAGAGUCUGACAGCGUCUAGGAACGCCUCCCAGGCGGGAACGGAGCCUUCUGACGCCAUUCGAGUGGUCAACUCUGUUCUCACUCAGUUGGACCAGAUCAAACGACAUUCCAACGUAGUGAUUUUGACGACCUCCAAUGUUACUGAAAAGAUUGACUUGGCGUUUGUGGACAGAGCUGACAUCAAGCAGUACAUCGGACCCCCAUCGGAGAAGGGCAUCUACAACAUCUACCUCUCCUGCCUCGAGGAGCUGAUGAAGUGCCAGAUCAUCUAUCCCCGGCAGCAGCUGUUCACCAUGUUUGAGCUGGAGACGAUGGGGUUCGCUAAGAGCGAAGUGUCGGAGCACAGUCUCAACCUGAGGAACAUCGCUCUAAAAAGCAAAGGUUUGAGUGGAAGAGCACUCAGGAAGUUACCAUUUCUGGCCCAUGCACUGUUUGUGAGGUCACCAACAGUGACUCUUGAGAGGUUUCUGGAGGCUAUGGACCAAGCGGUGGAUAAACAGAGGGAGGAAAAGGAUAAUCUGGUAAACGGCUUCUGAAUUUAUUACACUGCCCAAAGGCUGACACAUGAUUGCUCACGAGCUCUCCAUCCCAUGCCCUGUUUAUUUGCAGUUCUUAUAUCAUUUUAUGAAGCUUAAUCUGUUCAUGUUGCACGUGGCAGGACUAAGUUAAAAUAUACUGGCAGGUAAAAUUGUUAUCUAUAACAUUAAAGUCUUUAUUCAGGUAAUUUUGUUGGUGCUACUACCUUAGCAGAGUGACGUGAAACCACGUCAGCUUCGGUAAAGGCAGUGUGGUUUAACUUGGAGUACCCAAUGCUUGAAUUUUCAACGUGCUGUUAAUUGUUUACUCUUUUCAUAUUUUCAAAGUGUUUGAUGUUUUUAUGUGACACAGCUUUAACCUGAACAGUAACAGUAUAAGUUAAUUUCUCAGUGACGUUGGUGAACAGACAUUAGCUCAGUCUCGGUGUCCUCACUAAAAUGGCUGCGCGUCAGACAGAAAUGAACGGCAGUGCAAUGAUGGGUCUGAGGCCUCAGUGGACGGUAAAACAUCAGAAAUUUCCAUUGAGUGCUAUUUUGUGGAUUUGUUUUGUUUCUUUGUUAGCUCGCCCCAUUUGGCACUGCUUAUAUCUGUCUGACAAGCUCGCAGAGAUAUCAUCAUGUGUCCAUAGACUAAGCUGAUGUCCGUGCAGGACGCCAUCAUAUGUCAAAUAUUGUCUUUUUCCUUAACCGUUUUUUUUUCUUCUUUCUUUUGUAAGCUGUUCAUGUGUUGUUGUUUUUUAAAGGGCCAUUUCUUUUAGUCCAUCAGUUCAAAUAAAAUGUUCAUAUUUCAUUGUCAUUUCUAUAUUUAUGCUAACAUCAAACCCUCUUUAAAACUCCAGAUCCAUGUGCUUAUUAUCAGUUUAUUUUGUACAUAACUUUAUAAUAAACAAUAUUGUUUAUA